AUGUCCAAUGGCUUCUUGGGGCUAGAGGGUUAUGACUACUGUCUUAUGCUGUCUGUGCCCAAGGGGCCCCAAGAGACACUCGGGCACCAGGACCCUAGACCCUACACCCCAACUCCCACAAAAGAGGCCAGCCACCCAGCCCAGGACAGAGUCAGCCAGAAGAGCUCAGAUGUCCCCACUGGUCAGUCUGCCCAGCAACAUCAAGCAAAGCUGGACUCCACAUUCGAGCUGCUGGAGAAGGACAUCAACAUUUUUGUGAAAGAUGAGCUGGAAAAGAUUAAAAAGGUUCUGAGCCCAGAUCACCCAGAAUGCUUAGAGAGUCUGGAGUAUGACGAAGGGGUGCUGGAGGGUGAAGAUAAAGAGCAGAGGAGAAACAGCAGGGAGGCAUUUCAUCAGAUCAUAGUGCACUUCCUGAGGAGAAGGAAGAAGGAAGAGCUGGCUGACCGUCUGCAGAGCAACCUUCCCAUCACACGCCAGCAUAAUCUCAAGUCUAAGCUGAAGAAGAAGUUCCAGUGUGUGUUUGAGGGGAUCGCUAAAGCAGGAAACCCAACCCUCCUGAAUCAGAUCUACACAGAGCUCUACAUCACAGAGGGAGGGGCUGCAGAGGUCAACAAUGAACAUGAGGUCAGACAGAUUGAAACAUCAUCCAAGAAACCAGACAGACCAGAAACAACAGUUAAACUUGAAGAAUUGUUUAAAGGCUCACCGGGACGAGAGGAACCAAUCCGAACGAUGCUGACGCUGGGCGUGGCUGGCAUUGGUAAAACAUUCCUGACACAGAAGUUCACUCUGGACUGGGCUGAAGACAAAGCCAACCAGGACAUCCAGUUCAUGUUUCCAUUCACUUUCAGGGAGCUGAAUGUGCUGAAAGAGAAAAAGUUCAGCUUGGUGGAACUUGUUCAUCACUUCUUUGCUGAAAACAAAGCCGCAGGAAUCUGCAGCUUUGAACACUUCCAGGUUGUGUUCAUCUUUGAUGGUCUGGAUGAGCGUCGACUUCCUCUGGACUUCCACAAAACUACAAUCCUAACUGACCCUAGAAAGUCCACCUCAGUGGAUGUGCUGCUGACAAACCUCAUUAGGGGGAACCUGCUUCCCUCUGCUCAUAUUUGGAUAACCACACGACCUGCGGCAGCCAAUCAGAUCCCUCCUCAGUGUGUUGACAGGGUGACAGAGAUCAGAGGGUUCACUGGCCCACAGAAGGCAGAAUACUUCUGGAAGAGAUUCAGUGAUAAGAAGCAGGCCAGCAGGAUCAUCUCCCACAUCAAGACAUCACAAAGCCUCCUCAUCAUGUGCCACAUCCCAGUCUUCUGCUGGAUCACUGCUACAGUUCUGGAGGAUGUGCUGAAAACCAGAAAGAGAGGAGAGCUGCCCAAGACCCUGACUGAGAUGUACAUCAACUUCCUGGUGGUUCAGGCCAAAGUGAAGAAGGUCAAGUAUGAUGGAGGAGCUGAGACAGAUCCACACUGGAGUCCAGAGAGCAGGAAGAUGAUUGAGUCUCUGGGAAAACUGGCUUUUGAACAGCUGCAGAAAGGAAACCUGAUCUUCUAUGAAUCAGACCUGACAGAGUGUGGCAUCGAUAUCAGAGCAGCCUCAGUGUACUCAGGAGUGUUCACACAGAUCUUUAAAGAGGAGAGAGGGCUGUACCAGGACAAGGUGUUCUGCUUCAUCCAUCUGAGUGUUCAGGAGUUUCUGGCUGCUCUUCAUGUCCAUCUGACCUUCAUCAACUCUGGAGUCAAUCUGCUGGAAGAACAACAACCAACAUCCAUGAAGUUUGAAACAAGAGAGUCUGCAGAGACGCAGUUCUACCAGAGUGCUGUGGACAAGGCCUUACAGAGUCCAAAUGGACACCUGGACCUGUUCCUUCGCUUCCUGUUGGGUCUUUCACUGAAGAUGAAUCAGGAAAAAGAUAAGGACCUGCUAAUAAAGAGAGACAAUAACUCAGAGUUAAAUCAGAAAACAAUUCAGUACAUCAAGAUGAAGAUCAGUGAGAAUCUGUCUCUAGAGAGAAACAUCAAUUUGUUCCACUGUCUGAAUGAACUGAAUGAUUUUUCUCUAGUGGAGGAGAUCCAACAAUCCCUGAGAUCAGGACUUCUCUCCACAGACAAACUGUCUCCUGCUCAGUGGUCAGCUCUGGUCUUCAUCUUACUGUCAUCAGAAAAAGAUCUGGAUGUGUUUGACCUGAAGAAAUACUCUGCUUCAGAGGAGGCUCUUCUGAGGCUGCUGCCAGUGAUCCAAGUCUCAAAAAAAGCUCUAUUGAAUGGCUGCAACCUCUCAAAAAGAAGCUGUGAAGCCCUAUCCUCAAUUCUCAGCUCCCACUCCUCUCGUCUGAGAGAGCUGGACCUGAGCAACAACAACCUGCAGGAUUCAGGAGUGAAUCAGCUGUCUACUGGACUCCAGAAUUCAAACUGUAAACUGAAGGCUCUCAGUUUGUCGGGCUGUCUGAUCUCAGAGGACGGCUGUAGAUCUCUGGCCUCAGCUGUGAGCGCCAACCCCUCCCAUCUGAGAGAGCUGGACCUGAGCUACAAUAACACAGGAGCAAAUGUGAUGCAACAGUUUCCUGACAUGGUCGCUCUCAGGGUGGAGCCUGCUGGAGACGAAUGGUUGAAACCCGGUCUGAGGAAGUAUUUCUGUGAACUAGGAUUUGACACCAACACAGUGUACAAAAAGCUGAAGCUGUCUGACAACAGCAGGACGGUGACGCAGCUGGAGGAGGAACAGACCUAUCCUGAUCAUCAUGACAGAUUUGACUUCUGGCCUCAGUUGCUGUGUUCGAAUGGUCUGACUGGACGCCGUUACUGGGAAGUCGAGUGGAAAGGAAAAGUUGAGAUAUCGGUGAGCUACAGAGAAAUCAGCAGGAAGGGAGACAGUAAUGACUUGGAGUUUGGAUUCAAUGAUCGGUCCUGGAUGCUGAGCUGCUCUGAAAAUGGCCGUUAUUCUGCGUGCCAUGAUGGCACAAGAACAUUCAUCCCCCCAUCUUCCACGGUCUCUCACAGAGUGGGAGUGUAUGUAGACUGGCCUGCUGGUACUCUGUCUUACUACAGAGUCUCCUCGGACUCCCUUUUCCACCUCCACACCUUCAACACCACAUUCACUAAAGCUCUGUAUCCUGGGUUUGGGUUUUGGUCCGGUUCCUCAGUGUCUCUGUGUUCAGCGUAG